AGCUCAGAAAAGUUAUGAAAGUGUUGCGGCUUUCAGAGAGAUCACCCGUAGCUUAUUCUUUGAAUCUAUUUCAACAACUUGAUAAAGAUAUAUUUGGAACUAUAAAACGGGGAAUUGAAGAAUUAGAGAAAACUAAAGUUGCAAAAUGUAACCAAGAAGGAUAUUGUGAAAAUUGUGGUACAAAAUAUACACAAAUUAUGACUGUGGAUGCCAAAAGGAAACGCAGAUUUCAAAUAAAAACGCAGCGCUUAGUUAGGGAAAGAGAAAGUGCAGAUGAAGAAGAUCAAAUAUUUAAUAAUCAGAGAUUUGAACAAGUAAACGCGAAUAAUACUGCCAAAAUGGGGUCAGAAGUGUGGCAAAACUUGUACGAAGGCACCGAUUGUCCUCAAGAAUUUCAUAAAAAAGUAUAUGCCCAUAAUGAUAGAUUGGUCAAAGAUACUUCAAACGCACAGGAAGCUAAUCAACAAACUUGUCGCCAAUGCAAGAAUCGUUUUAUGUGUGAACAAAAUUAUAUUUCUGACUACGUCCGCGACGCUCAUCAAAAACACGAGUUUCACAAAAAGCAAAUCUAUGAACAUGAACCGAAAGAAAGCGGCGAAGUUGAUUCAAUGAAUAAGAUUAGCUAUAAUCAUUCAAUGAAUGACAUUAAUGGCGAUCAAGUUAUGGUACACGAAUUUCCAUACCAAAAGCAAAUUUAUGAACGUGAUUUUCAACCCCACAUGCAACAUGAACCGAAAGAAAAAAUAGUUAAUCAGACUUUUAAUCUUGAUAAUACAAUUAAUGAAGCUAUUUGUGGCUACAAUAAUUACGCCCACGACGUUCAAUCCCCUGAACGUGAAGUUGAUUCAAUGAAUGAGAUUAAUAAUUCAAUUAAUGAAGCUAUUUGUGACUACAAUAAUCACGCCCACGACGUUCAAUCUCCACACCAAAAGCAAAUUUAUGAACAUGAAUUUCAACAGCAUGAACCGAAAGAAAAAAAAGUCAAUCAGACUUUUAAUCUUAAUAAUACAAUUAAUGAGGCUAUUUGUGACUACAAUAAUCACGCCCACGACGUUCAAUUUCCACACCAAAAACAGAUUUAUGAACACGAACCGAAGAUCGAUGCUGCAAUCGAUGAAGCUAUUUGUGACUAUAAUAAUCACGUCCAUGACUCCAAAUUUCCACUCCAAAAGCAAAUUUAUGAACAUGAACGUGAAGUUGAUUCAAUGAAUGCUAUUAAUAAUUCAAUUAAUGAAGCUAUUAGUAAUUACGCCCACGACGUUCAAUUUCCACACCAAAAACAGAUUUAUGAACACGAACCGAAGAUUGAUGCUGCAAUCGAUGAAGCUAGUGACUAUAAUAAUCACGUCCACGACGUUCAAUUUCUUCAAUUUCCAUCUCAAAAACAAAUUUAUGAACGUGAACCGAAUAUUAAUAAUGACUGCAAUAAUCACGCCCACGACGUCCAAAAGCAAACUUAUGAAUAUGAACCGAAAGCAAGCGGCGAAGUUAAUUCAAUGAAUGAGGUUAAUAAUACAAUUAAUGAAGCUAUUUGUGACUAUAAUAAUCACGUCUACGACGUUCAAUUCCCACUCC